UAGCUUGCAAUCCACCGCCGCGCCAGAGAGUCGUCGGCCGUCAAUCUCCACUUCUCAGAGCCGCUGGCCGUCAAUUGCAUCCGAUAGGUCCUCACAGACAAGUGGAAGACGGGGUGGAAUGGAGUUCUUCAGCAAAGCUAAAGCAGUUAGACUCCAAAGUCAUCUCGGCAAGUACCUGGUAGCAGAUGAAGACGAAGAAACAGUCCGGCAGAGCCGGAACGGUGCUUCACACAAGGCACGAUGGACAGUUGAAUUCAUCGAAGGAAAAAAUACUGUAAUCCGCCUUAAGAGCUGCCAUGGCAAUUACCUCACGGCGGCGGACGAGCCAUUUCUUCUCGGCAUGACCGGAAAAAAGGUUCUGCAAACUAUUCCGGCAACGAAAAUGGACGCUUCAAUUGAAUGGGAGCCUGUAAAAGAAGGGAACUGCGUGAAACUAAUGACCAGGGAAGGGAAAUUCUUGAGGGCCAAUGGAGGGACGCCGCCAUGGAGGAAUUCAAUAACUCAUGAUAUUCCACAUAGAACAGCAACUCAAAACUGGGUUUUGUGGGGAGUGGAUAUUGUGGAUAUUUGUAUAUCGGACUCGGAUUCGGGGUCGAGUUUCCUAUCGCGGACCUCAAGUUUUUCCUCAUUGCCGGAGGAUUAUACGGGUUCGCCGGAUACAGGGUCGCCGAUUAUCCAAUCUAGAAGGUCAUGUAACGACUCCAUGAAACAGGUCUCCGGCAUGGAAUUUUUCAAGAAAGCGAAAUCCAUCCGACUUAAGAGCCAUCAUGACAAGUAUUUAACAGCAGGCGACAACGAAGAAUCCGCGAUCCAAGAUCGUGCUGGCUCGUCGAACAAUGCUAAAUGGACGGUCGAGUUUGUUGAAGGUGUGGACAAUAUCAUACGUUUGAAAAGUUGUUACGGAAAAUACCUUUCAGCCUCGGACGAGCAAUUUCUUCUAGGUGUGACCGGUAAUAAAGUUGUUCAAACUUUUCCACGAAAAUUGGAUUCAUCGGUUGAAUGGGAGCCUAUACGAGACGGUAUGAAAAUAAAGCUUAAAACAAGAUAUGGGGAUUAUUUACGCGCAAAUGGAGGUUUGCCUCCUUGGAGAAACUCGGUAACUCACGAUAUUCCCCAUAGACAUCACGACUGGAUUUUAUGGGACGUCGAUGUUGUUGAGAUUCGACAAGAAUCGCCACCAAAAGUUUCGCGAUCUGAAUCGUUAGAGGAUGAUGUAAACUCAUCAUCCUUUCGUCUAAUGUCCCCUACAUUCCCAAAUGUUCAGCCUGGUGGUUUGUCUGAUGACUCACCGAGAAAAUCUGAAGGACGGCUUAUAUAUUACAACGUUGCGGAUGAUUAUGGUAACGUUAACGAUGUGGUCGAAGGGCCUUCUUUUCAAUUCAAAGGGCAUGGAUUGGAGGAAUUGACAGAGAAAUUGGCAGAAGAAACAGGGCUUGAAAACAUAAUUGUUUGUUCGCGUAAUCGAGUAAAUGGAAAGCUUUAUCCGCUUCGGUUGUCUUUGCCUCCCAACAAUGCGACUAUGCACGUUGUUGUAGUUCCCUCAACAUCCCGAGUGGCCAGUGAUUUUAUAUAGGAGACUUCCACUUCUGCGUAAUGUGUUCUUCGUCUCAGAUAAAGAAGCAGACUCUCUAUCCAUAAAGUGCUGUGACUACUACAAUUUUUCGAUUAUUUCCAGGAUAAGAAUUGAAUGUGCUGUCCAAUGCUACUUUCCAAUGUAAAAGUUUCAUGGAUGAGGCAUUCCUCUAUUUUUUAUUAUUAUUAAUUUUUUUGGGGUUAUCGGGGAGCUUCAAUUGCGCUCCAAUCAAUGAUCUUUCAAUCUUUUGGAGUUUUUAAUUGUGGAAAGCAAUGAAAUACAGCGGAAUAAUGAUGUAUAUCGUCCUCGUGUCGUAUGGGAUGAAAUGAUAAAAUCAAUUAAAUGUCUGUGGUUACGAGACCUAUCUAUUAACCAUAUUCGGUAAA